AUGAAACUCUCCACUCUCGGUUCAGCCCUUGUGGGCCUGGCUGUUGUUAACGCCUCUGCUGUGUCGACAAGUGUUGAGUAUACGGCUGUCACCGGGUAUUUCCUUCAGGAUGAGGAUGCGACAGAUGCUAGUACUUUUGAUUAUACAGCAGAGAACUUCGGCUUGAUCAAUCGGACCUACCCCGCCGAUUCAAAGCUCAAGAACUCUGCCUCCUUAUCUCAAUGGGAGCGCUUCCACCAUCAGGUUCUUAAACUCAACCAGGAGGCUGGCAAGAAUGUCGAGUAUAAGGUUCUCUUCCUUGGGAGACACGGCGAGGGAUGGCAUAAUGCUGCCGAGACAUACUACGGGACACCAGCCUGGAAUUGCUACUGGGCCGAACUAGACGGCAACAGCACAGCAACCUGGGCAGACGCAGCCCUAACAGAAAACGGCAUCUUACAAGCCCAAAAAGCACACGACUUCUGGGCCUCCCAAAUCAAAACCCAAAACAUCCACACUCCAGACGUAUACUACGUCUCGCCCCUAACCCGCACCCUCCAAACAGCAAACUACACCUUCAACAACCUCGCCCUACCAAAAGACUCUACCCCCUUCAAGCCCACCAUCAAAGAACUCUUCCGCGAAGGAAUCAGCAUCCACACCUGCGACCACCGCCGCAGCGCCAGCUACAUCAAAUCCCUCUUCCCAGCCUGGCGCCUGGAAUCCGGAUUCGCGGAGGAAGACCCAUACUGGAAUGGCGUCGAGGCUGAAACGAGCGAUGCGCAAGAUGUGCGCAGUACAACUGCGCUCAAUGAGGUUUUCUUCGGGACUGGGGGGAAGGUCCAGCAUGAGCAGGCGUUUAUCUCGGUUACGUCGCAUUCCGGUGAGAUUUCCUCUAUUUUGAGGGUUGUUGGUCACCGUACUUUUAAGUUGAAUACCGGCGCUGUGAUUCCUGUUCUUGUUAAGGCGGAGAAGAAGGGGAAGGGCGUUAUUUCGGGGCCUACUAGUACUGUUGCUUGGGCUGUUAGUCCGCAUUGCACUGAGCCGCCUGUUGAGUCUGUUACUGCUUGUGUUUGUCCUUCUAGUGCUGUUCCCGUUACUACGGCGCUUGCUACUGGGUUUUAG